AUGAGCCAUUUAGAUACAAAGCAACCAGGCACCACCCAGUCUGGGAAAAGCCAAUCAGAUACAAGUCAACCAAGUGCCACUCAAUCAAGUACAACAAGCCCAUUAGUUACAAGUCAGUCAGGGAGCACCCAAUCAAGCACUAACAAAUUAGAUACAAGUAAAUCAGGUGCCACCCAGUCGGGCACAAGCCAACAAGGAAUGAUAAGAUCAGACACAGUGGAAUCAGGCACAGGCCAACUAGAGGUGAGAGACACCUCAUCAGAAACUAACCAAACAGACUCCAGUCAACCAGGAAUAAGCCAAUUAGUUCUAAGUAACCUAGAACGAAGCAAAUCAAGCAUGAGUGAUCCAGCCAGGAGUCACCUAGAAAUAAUUCAAGCAUUCAUGAGAAAAACAAGCACUGCUCCUUUCCACAUAAGAUCUGCUGAGCCUGAAGACUGCCCAGAUAUCCUGCAUCUGAUUAAAGAGUUGGCUGCCUGCGAAGGCUUGGUAGAUGAGGUGACUUUAACAGAAAUGGAUUUAUUCAGGGAUGGCUUUGGAAGCAAUCCCCUUUUCCACUGCCUGAUUGCUGAAGCACCCAAUCAACAAAUAGAAUCAGGAACACUAACUAUUGGAUUUGCCAUGUACUACUUCACAUAUGACACACGGAUUGGCAAGGUGCUUCACCUAGAGGACUUUUAUAUCACUGAGGCUUAUCAAGGUCAAGGUAUUGGGACUGAAAUGCUGAAGAAGCUAAGUCAGGUAGCACUCAGCACCCAAUGCAAUGCCAUGCAGUUUCUUGUUGUCAUUUGGAACCAGGAGUCUGUUGAAUACUACACUCGUCUAGGGGCUUUAGACCUUUCCUGUGAGGGAGGCUGGCAUUUGUUCAGGUUUAAGGUAGAAGAUCUCCUGGAAAUUGCAGAAGAAUGAAAAAAAUCCUAGUUAACAACUCCUCCCAACGUAGGCUCCAACAUUUGAAUGUCACCUAAGUAACAGCACUUUAACUUUGAAUGUUGUAAAAUACAGCAAGUGAUCCUAAUAUUCUUGUACAUAUUUUAUUUUGAAAUGAUUUUGCAGAUAUAGUCAACUCUCAAUUACCCAAACUAAAUACUAAUGACUUAUAAGAGUUCUCACAAUAUAAGAGUACAUAAUUCAAUAACCACUGACACUGGGCUUUAAGUUUUUAAUAACUAUAUUUCAUCAAGUGUAGGAUGCUGAUUUUUUCACAUUUUAAUAUAUUUGAGAUUGGGAUAAAUGCUACACAAAAAUGAUAUCUUAAAGAUUUAUGAUGCUUUAUGUAAGAUGAAGUAUGGUAUGUUUAAAUAGAAUUAGGUAUCCAUUAGAAUAAAAAUCCAUUAGAAUAAAUCCAUUAGAAUCCAAAGUUCUAUUAGAAAUGGAAGUAGGUAUCCAUUAGAAUAGAACUAAAAAUCCAGUGCUAAGUUCUAAAAUCCAUACUUAUGAAAAAAUACCAAGGAACUGACUCCUCAUCCUGAUCAGAUUUAAUAUUGUUGUGUCUUCGCCAUUGUUCCAUAACUACAUUCCAUUUCUGUACAUCUGCAACUCAUUGGUUGUACUUAGACAAGAUACCACAUACCACACUGUUAUUUAUAUGUAUGUUUCUAUCCUUCCUGGUAGAGUAUAGUCCUUUUUUAGCAUUAUAACUAUUAUUAUGUAACCAUCUACAACCAUCACAGCAGAACAGUUGAAUUUCUGAUAUGUAUGUAUCAGCCGUACAUAUUAAGAAGACUUAUCAAUGAGAAAAUGCUUAUUAAAAUAGUGUAGGUUACAUACAUGUUUUACUGAUGGUCUACUGUAUAUACUGUCUGUGCAUAAUAAUUUGAAAUAAUAUAGCUGUCUUUUGGACUUAUCCAUAGAUGGGAAAAUCCCCAAAACACGGGAAUAUAGUAGACCUGUAAACUCUAUGAUGGAGAAUUGAGAAAGGUGACAGUUGAACUGUGCUUGAAAUGUGAGUAGGAAGUUAAAAUAUGGAGUGAAACAAAAUAGAAGGCAUACAGAGAAGAAACUGCAUAGGCAGUGAACAAGAGUCAUAAAGAGCAAAGCAUGUUCACUAAUCAAGUGGAAUGUCACUAAUAUUAAUUGGAAAGGUGUGUAAGAAGGCAGAUAAGGGCUGGAGGGAUAGCUCGGCCAUUAAAGGCUCAGGCUAACAACCCCCCCAAAAAAGGAAGAUCGGAUCAGACAGUAUGCAUUUUGAUUUGGUUCUAAAAGCAAUGGAACUGCUGAAAAUUUCAUUAAGAAACCUAUUUCAGUCUCAACUUUCAGACUGUAAGAAAGCACUUACUAUUCUAAUGAAAAGAAGUUAGACUCAACUUUUGUACACAGCACACCCUCCCCUUACCUCUUCGUGGUGUGAAUGUGUUAUGUUCUCCCUGGAGGUACAGAAGUCAUUUUGUGACUAUGAGGUAUGCUAAAGAGUUCAGUGUAGAAAGCCUAGGUAUUGAUGUUACUAACGAACCAUUAUACUAAGCCUAUACCACUUAAUUUCUGGCUUUAAAUAGAUAUUUAUUUGUUUAACUACUGUUACCUGGUUUGUUUACAAGCAAACCACAUUUUAAAGUAAGAGAGAGGAAGACUAGUGGUGUGCAGAUUACCCAGGAUGUUGCUUUCAUUUCAAGGGAGUGAUGAUGAAGAUGUGAAUAAGAACACUAAUAGAAUUAGAGAAGGAAGAAUAAUAAAUAGAUUUGAGAAAGAUGAAAUUGGGAGAGAAUAGACAGAAUUUUGUGUUUGCCUUAAUGGCAAGGAUGUAUAUUUGACAUGAUGCAUAGGUAGAAAGGCUCAUCAGAAAUACAGAUUUGUCCACAGCACUAGAAAGACAUAGGGUCUGUAAUAUGAUACAGAAAUGGUAGCUUAAGCCAGUGAAGCUGCCUGAAUGAAAAUGAGACUCUACACAGCGGGUGGAAGCUGAAGAAUUUCAGCAUUUAAAGAACUUAAAGCAACAUAAUAAUGAAGAAUAACAAGAAAAGCAGGAGUAACAGAAAGCAAAGGGAGGGAGUGGCUAGGAGUCAAUGAUUACCCAAUAAUUCAAGUAGGUAUUGAGGUCAGGAUGUUGCAAGUUUCAAGAGAAAUUGAAAGAGAGGAAGGACAGCAACACUAAUUACUUUUAAAAGACAUACAGUAAUCAUAAGCGCUCAAGAGGAAGGACAGCUUGCAGAAAGAUGUAGACUGUUUUGUCUUUUUACUUUGCUUUUGUAUAGAAAAGCUAAAUCAUUUGGCAGUUGAGGAAAAGAAAUAAAUAAAAAGAGAAACCAGAGACUUGAGAUUAACAGGAUGAAACACAGUCCUAAAAAAAUUGGGAAGGAAUGAGACAAGGAACCCAAGAAGAAACAUUAGUGUUAGGAAAAGGAGUGUGACUAAGAAAGUAACUCUAGACGUUAGAUGGGGAGUUGGGAAUGGUCAGAUUCAAGAACUGUACAUUUUUGUCCUAUGAAACAGGAAACAGCCAACUUUGAUGGGUAUAGGAUGCCAGAGAAGAAUGAAAGGUUUAUAACACCUCUUUAGAGAAACAGAACAUAACACUCAAGAAACCAGUAGCAAAACUGCUAAGCGUCAUUAGUACCAUGUAGUAUAAUGGUCCUCGUAAAUAGAAAUGUUUUCAGGUAUUUAAGAGUAGUGAAAAUAAAUAAAAAAAAGACAGAAAUCCAAGCCCAUAUGCCAUUAAGAUAUGGAUAUUUUAUUCUAGCUCUGGGAAAUAAAAAAGUAGAGAGAACACAUCCUUCAAUUCUCCAUUCUAUGUUAACUGACAAUAAUUGGAAAACUGGAGUAGAUACAUAUGUGCAUAUGCAUAAAUAUGUAUACAUACACAUGUGUAUGCAUAUUUUAAGAUUUUACUCUCACAUUCACAUCUUCACUCUAUUUUGAUUUCUAAUAAAUUCUGGUAGAAGUCAUCAACUGCAGCCUAGUACUUCUAUUUCCGUUUCCUGAUCAAUUACUUAAUAUUGUUUGUGUUGCAUUCAUAAUUUGUGUUGAAUUAAUUUUAUGAUUGGCCAAACUGUUCAUUUGAA